AUGGCCGAGUCACACUCCGAGUCAACCUCCGACUCGCCCACCACCACAUCCUCUACCCACGAUCAAUCCGCUAUUUCAACCUCAACAAGAUCUCACCAUGUCCCCGAGAUCCCAAUCGAGAUCAUCAGCGAAGAAGAAAUGGCCAUCCUCGACGCCGCGCUUGCCGCCACGCGCUCCUUCCUCCCUUCCGCGAUCCGCUCGGCCGCCGCUUCUCCGUCACGUGGAGUCUCCAAGGCUUCAAUAACGAUGCUAUCCAAAAGGAAACUCUCUGCUUGCUCCUCCUCCUCUUCCUUGGAUAUUGAAGACUCUUUUCUCCGUCGGUUUCGAAAGAAUCAAGCUUUGGGUGUCACUGAUCUCACCGCCACUGAAUGGUGUGAGAAGCAAAUGGAGAAUGUUUUGUGUCUUGGGAGGAGAAAAGUUAGUAAAGCUAUGAAACUUGGUCAGGCUCGUCACUUGGAGCUUGAAGAAGAGGUAGUUAAAAGGGUUCGAGUAAAAGUUGAAUCUAAUGAAGAUAAGUGGGCAUUGAAGUUGCUGAGUUCUAUCGCAGGCGUUAAUCAGUUCUUGUUUGAAGGACGAACUCGUGAAUUGCUACUUGUAGGAUUUGUUGGAGGCCAGUGGAUUGUGGGAGUUAUUGAUGAGGUUAGUAAGGCAUCUGCAGGAGACUCUUCUGAUACUGGACCGUUAUUGUCAGAUACCAAGACUCGAGUCCGUGACACACUCCCAGCUGAGCCACAAAGAAGGAACGGAAGGCUACAGGUAAUGCUUUACAAGCUUCUAUGGGACACUGUUGUCAAAGAAGAGUUCCCGGCCACACGUUUUUUCAACUACUUUGCUUUAAACCGCCACGAAGUCUUGUCCAAAGAUGUCAGAGAUAACAUUGCUGAUGCAGGAAUCCCAGCACAGACUCUUGAAGAGAUAGUUAGGUACUAUGAAACCACUUUUAAGAUGCUUCCUGUGGCGAAUGAUCAAUUACUACUACGGUAUGAGUUUCAGCAAGACCGAUCCAUCAUAGCUGAGAUUAGAUUCCCUCAUGAUCCUGAGUGGGUAAUGAGCAAAUACAAAGAAGUCAUAGAGUUUUGGAGAAGUGAAAGAGAAGCUGAGUACACUCCUGAAGAAGAACGUUGGAAAUGUCGGUAUUGCCAAUUUGCUAAGUCUUGCCCUGGAAACCCAAGUCUCCAGUCUCCAUCUCCGAGCUCACCACCAAGAGAGCCUCGUCCUUUAGCAAGCUAAAUGGGUUUCAUCAAAUGCUAACAUGUGAUUGUUUAGUGGUUAAGCAGUUAAACCGUGAUUCGAUUAGGAUUGGUUCUGCUUACCAAGAUUGAUUUUUUUUUUAUGUUGUACACACAACUCGUAUGUACCAUUGUUGCCACUUUCUAAAGUAAUCAAACAUUCCAUAGUAGCCAAUCA